CUCAAAUUCAACAGAAAAAUGCUUGGCUAUGCAGCAGAAGAAUCUCUGUCAAGUUUAGAGCUCAGCGAGGAUGAGUUUAUACCGGAGAGAGAGGAAGAAUCAGACAGUAACGGUUCAGCAGAGGAAGAGGGUUUAGCAAAAAAUAAACCGCAUAAGAAAGGAAAGGUUAAGUCAAAAACAUGUAAAAGAAGGCGUGUGACAUGUUCCAGUUCCUUCGCUAACAGUGGCAUCAAAGAAUCCUCUUCACCUGAUGAACAAGACAGCAGAGAAUCGUCUUCACCUGAUCAUUCUGAUGUGAGGGUCAUGAUGCUGAACAAGAAAACCGAUGGAGGAAGACUGUACAACGAAAAGUAUUACUGCUUGUUCUGCAGCAAACCAUUCAGUAAAAUGGCACGCCAUUUAGAAUCAAAGCACAGACACAUGCCAGAGGUGGCAAGAGCCGUUGCAUUUCCGAAAGGCUCUAAAGAGCGAAGACUGCAGCUGAGUUUUUUGAGAAAUAAAGGGAACCGUUGUCAUAAUGCUCAAGUGCUUAAAGAAGGAACAGGAAUGGUGAUACCCCGACAGCAAUCCAUUGCUCCAGUAAGAGCAGGUGAUUACUUGCACUGCGUAAACUGUGCGGCGUACCUGAAGAGGAAAUCAUUAUGGAGGCACAUGCAGAGAUGCCACCUAAGCCAGAAAGUCAAAGGAAUGAAGCCAGGAAAAACUCGAGUUCCGUCUCUUUGCGCAAUUGCUGAACCAGUUCCUGACAGUGUGAACGCACGAUUUUGGAAAAUGGUGUUUGAAAUGCAUGAGGAUGAGGUAACAAAUGUUGUCCGCAAAGAGAAAAUCAUAUUAAAAUUAGGGCAACAUCUCUUUAAUAAGCAUGGCCAUGAUGUCACAAAACAUGAAUAUAUCCGACAAAAGAUGCGUGAGACAGGGCGCCUAGUCCUCCAAGGAAGACAGAAGGGCAAGUUGAAGGAGGUGUCAGAUUUCUUCAUCCCGGCUAAUUUCCCUCAUGUCAUCGAAGCGGUUCACAGUGUGGCUGGCUUGAAUGAGGAAACGAGCACGUACAAAGCACCAUCUUUAGCCCUGAAGUUAGGGCACAACCUCAAGAAGAUGGCUAACGUUAUUGAAUGUGAGGCAAUGAUGUCCGGUGAUAAGAAUGCCCUUAGCAAUGUGCAGGCCUUUAACCAGAUCUGCGACACUAAACGGAUAGGUGAGACCCCCAGCUCUUGCAGUUAG